CACGUGGGAUGUCGCUGGCAAAAAUUCUCGAAGGAUAGGAAGAACGUAAAAGAAAAAUGCCGAACUUUCGUUUAUCUUAGGUCUCGAGUCUGAUCAAGGGUCUUCAAAAGACUCGCUAGCAAAUUAGAAGAAAUCUGGUGUAACAUCCACUUGGACCAAAGAUAGAAAUGCUUCCUGCACCAAGAACACUGCCAAUCCACAGCAUGAUUUGAACCAAGAUUGAGAGAUGGAGACCCUACCAACUGAUAUCAGCUUCACUGGGGAAGACAUGGAUGCCUUAGACUUCCCAACUUCAGUCAGCCUGGAAGUUGAUGCCAAUUGCUCUGCUGGCUCAGGAGUCAUCAUGGGGACCUCUAAUCUGUACACACAUGUCUCACAUCUCCAACCAGAGCACAUCUUUCCCUCAGUCGCGAUGGAUCUUCAAGGGUUAGCGAACCCUUUUGGCCAAAUGGGAGAAAUAUUUGACUCUUUACUUUCCUCAACAAGACAGGAAAACUCAUUAGACCAGCAAACCUUUGGGCUCCAACCCGCAACGCUUGGUAGUCCAUAUUUCAUUGCUCCUAACGGCUCAAUUCUCAAUCCCAAUAUCCAACAAGUACCAACAACAUUUACGCAGCCAAUGACUACAAUAAACAUCCCAUUUCUGCAGGCUCCUGGUUUAAAACAAAUCCAUGUUCCAGGCUUACCAGGGCCAGUUAUGCUCCGUGAAGUUGACAAACUAAUAGGAGACCCUGCACAGUUGUGUACUACUGCCACAGACCCGGGGAUGAACCUCCUUACUGCUACUCUACCCUCCCAACAGGCUAAUAUAGCUACGCUCGCACUGACUCCAAAUCAGUUAGCGGCAUACCAGACACAGGCAAUCUUACAUGAAGUGCCAGAAAGAGUAGACAACCAGCAACAGACGGACUUCAUCGAUGAUUUAGAAGAUGAAGGACACCAGGAACUCGCACCGGAUCUUCAGAAUGACCAAAAUGGGACCGGCGAGUAUCUCAAAGGGGGCAUCCAAUAUGGGAGUGAAUGUGAAAGGACAACUGACCACGAACAGCAUCCUUCGCACCAACCUAAUUUUUGUCCCCCUUCAGGACUGAAUGCAAAUGAAAUGGAUACCGCUACAUGUAAUACUGGGACUUCUGCUGAUGACACUGUCCCAUUUCUAACACCAGCUAUAGUUGAUGCCAUCAAUGAGAAACUGGCAGAAAUAGCAAAAGAUUUGAAAAAUGGCAAUGUAACAGACAGUGGUGUUAAUCUUAACCCCGCGCCAACUUUGCAGUUUGUCAUAAACCUGGUGAAUAACAGCAUCCCUCAAUCUAACGCUGCACCAAUACAACCGCUGCAGGAACCUAUGACGAGUGAAGACAACAAACACAUCUUGGAUGAAACGCUUGAUGUUAGCAAGUUUUUAAAUCCAAACCCUAAUAAGCAUUCAGAAUCGUACAACCUGUAUCCCGAAUCACAGUCUAAUGCAGAUUUGGAACAGCACACAGUCUUGUCGGGCUUUAAAUCUAGCUUGAUACCAGUCACUGAAGAAGACCAAUCUGGAUUGGGUGGUGUGACUGUGGCGACAAACUCUCAAAACACAGUGGUGCUUGAAUUGACUCUAAAGAAACAAUCUGUUGAUGAAGAAGCUCUGCCAUUAGAUACGAAGGAGGAAACCACGAUUGAGGGCCAAACAAUGGGUGACGUUAAAGUGGAGACUCCACGAAGGAGUGUCGAUCAAGCUCCAGGCGGCAUUGAUGAAGAUGGUAAAGUUGAGGAUGGGGACAGAGACUGCGGAAAGAAUUACCAUGAUGAUGACAUAGGUGAUGAAGACGAUGAGGAUGAUGAAGAUGAGGAUGCUGACGAAGGCUUUGAAGUAUCGUCAGAUGGCAGCGCUGAUGAUUUGGAUGAACAAGACAUUGACGAAUUGGCUGAGCAGGAUGGAACUGGAGUGAGAAAAGAUACUGAGGGCAAAGAUCAGCCGGUCCUCGAUUUGGCCAGUCCAACAAUUAUACGGGAGAUUCGGGAACUGCCAAGCGGCAUGGCUCUGAGUAACAUCAUGAAAAAUAAGGCAAACGCACCUGAACGGACUGAAAUAAAUAUUAAGAUUGAUGAAUCUUACUGUGUUGUGGAGGAUGGCGUGAGACGUUGGAAAUGCACGAUGUGCACAAAAUCUUAUACAACAAAGCAUAAUUUAGUCACUCAUGUUUUGGACCAUAGCGGUAUCAAACCACAUUGCUGUAUGAUCUGUGGAAAGUUUUUCAAGCAGAUCAGCCAUCUGAACACUCAUAAACUCACCCAUGGAAAUUAUAAACCACAUGCCUGUAAUGUUUGUGGUAAAGCAUUUACGCAAGUGAGCCACAUGAAGCGCCACCUAGCAACCCACAUGGAAAAUAAACCACACAUAUGUGAUAUCUGCAGUCGCGGUUUCGCAUACCCUAGCGAAUUAAAAUUACACAAAAAGAAACAUCUUCGGAGUGGUAACUGCACGUGCGAAGAAUGUGGUAAGACAUUUCCUACGAUGAAAAAGUUGGUGCAGCAUCAGUCAUCGGCACAUCGGGAGCGGACAGACCUGACGUGUGAGUUUUGCAGCAAGUCAUUCAUGUACCCUAGUCAACUGAAGGACCAUGUCGUGAAGCAUACAGGGAAAAGACCUUAUAUCUGUGGAGAAUGUGGAAUGGAUUUCAUGAAGGAGCACCAUCUUCGCUCUCACCAGUUUACUCAUACAGGGCUAAGACCAUAUGCUUGUCCCAUAUGUCGUCGAGCCUUCAACCAACGGGCCAAUAUGCAGCGCCACAUGCUUAUCCAUAACCCAGAGAAAAACUACGAGUGUGAAGUGUGCAACAAGAACUUUGCCCAGCCUCAGACGCUCAAAGCGCAUAUGGUGACGCAUGCAGAUCAGAAGCCAUUUCAGUGCAAAAUUUGUGGGAAAACCUUUGGACGAUUGCAUAAUUUACAAGGUCAUAUGCACAUGCACGAAGACAGUAAACCAUAUGUCUGUUUCUGUGGUAGCUCAUUUACUUUACGGGGUAACUACAACCGCCACAAGAAAGUGAAGCAUGGCAUCAAAGAGACUGAGGAAUGUACUGACGAGGAAGCGGCGCAAAUAUUGAAUGAAAUGGCACUGAAGAAAUACACAGACGAGAAUGAUGUGGCUGAAGAAGUGGAGCCUGAAGCCGUCGCUUCAGGAGACCGAGCUAAUAUUGAUGAGUCGAGAGAUCAAGAAAAAAUAGGCGCUUCAGGAGAACAUGACAAACUUGAUGCUUCGGGAGAACGAGAAAAACUGGACGCUUCGGGCGAUCAUGAAAAAGUCAAUGGUGCUGACGAGUUGAACACUUCAGGUGAAGGGGUGGGACUCCUUUCACCGCAGAAAAAGAAGCGCAAAUCGGUCAUACCCAGGAAGGCACUGAAAAUAGACUUCUCAGAAAUGUCGGUUCAGGGGAUGAGGUUUACGAAGUUGAGAGAGGGGCAGGGGUCUAGUGAUUUUAUCGACCCGAAUGGUGCUUAUUCCUUGCCUAGUGAUGGAUUGAGUGAACAAAAUGUGGCUGUAAAAGAACUGUUAGGAACGAUGAGGACAAUAUCUGAAGUAGAAUUUCAGAAUUCUCAGGCGGGUGCUGGGGGAGGGCACCAGAAAGGUGAUGUGACUGUGACAGAGGGAAAACAAUUGCUAAACCUGUGAUUUGUUGCGACUAUAUUGUUUGUUGUUAUGAGACUUCACUGCAUCUAUUGUCACUUGGUAACCAUUUUCAAAGGGAUAAUGUAUUCAAUUCAAAAGGGUUAUGUCCCCCUUUAAAUCACAAAAAUUAGUUCGGAGACAGAAAUCAGCAGGAGUUUCAAGCUUUCAGGCAUGACACAUACAUGCCUUGACAACUCCAUUUUGUAUCAAGUUUUUUUAUGUGUGUUACCAUCCUUUCCCAGCAGCCAAAAUUAUAAAAAUAUCAUAUUGUGUGGUCCCUUUUGGUCACACAGGUACAUAAUUAUAUAUGUACUAGAAUGUUACGUAAAUAAGUUGAUUAAAAAUGCAUUAUUUAUUUCUAUGAAAUGUCAGUCAUAGUGGAAAAAUUGUUGGUGUGCCGUCUCCAUAAAAGUGUAAUCUUAUCACAAAGUGAUAUGAAAAACCCAGCUUUUCAUUCUAUUCUAUGUUUAAAAAUGU